UAUUAGUAAUCUGUUGUUUCUUCAUCUACUCACUGGUGUGGCUGGUUGAGGUUUUCCUCAAAAAACCAAGCCAGCAGGGAAAAAUAGUGUGGAAAUAGGGCAUGGAUACAAAGGCCUGUGAGUCCUCACAGCCUGUUUUCUCCAUGUGUAUUUCCUUCCUGCCUUCCUCCCUCCUUCCCUCCCCUGCUUUAUCCAUUGCAGAUAGCUUCCCAGAGUCUCCAGUGUGCCUGCUGCUGCUUUUUCUUGGAAUAUGGAGGAGAUUCCUCGCUGCCAUGCCCGUAAUGGAAUUCCUGGUCUGAGGAAGGUGGUUGGGAUGCAGAGGAGGCUCCCUUCCACCUCCUGCAGAAUUCCAACAUGGAGCAGUGUUUCCAUCGGACAAUUUACGAUCCUGAGACUGGAAGGAUGGACGUGGAGAGCCAGGAUACAGGAGCAGCAGUGUCACCAGUCUAGGAUGCUCUGGAAGCUGUGAGGGGAGGUGCUGGAAGGGCCAUCCUGGUGCUGUCGGGGCAGUAAUGGAGCAGAUUCCAGACCUGGAAUGUGUGGACACAGCGAUGCCGAGUGGUCUCCUCCACCUGGAUGUUUCUGAAGGAGAUUUUGGUGAGUAAGGUUGGUGGGAGAGCUGCCCACCCCCUUCUGGGUCCACUCUACCUUCCCACCAGCCCUUCUCCCUAAAUCCAAAGCCCUUGGAGCCAUCUCAAAAUGGGAAUGGGGUGUCCUGCAAGCUGACAGUUUGCAAUUAAUUCCCAGCACAAUGAGAGCUCUAAAGCACUUUGCUGAGGGACCUGGGUCUGUGCCAAAGCCUUUCCCAGCUCCUGACACCCAUGGGAAUGGAGCUGUUGGUAUUCCCAGAGGGAAUGUGUGGACGUGAGGGAGAGUGUUACAGCCUCUCUGCCUCUGUAAUGGACUGGGAUGGAUGUAGGAGAGCCUGGCCGAUCAGAUAUCCAGGAAUCCAGGGCUGCCAGCAACCUGAGCUGUCUGAGUGGCCCAGGGUCAGCCUGCUGACCUCCAGAGGCCCUGCCUGCAUUCCUGCUCCAUGCUGGGAGCACCAGGAAUGAUGGACAGCCCAGACCAACACCCUGCCAGGGAAAAGAGCUCCCGUACCAGUUCACGUGCUUCCCGCAUGGCUCCACUCGCUCCUCUGCUCCUGCAUGGAUGAAUUCCUGCUGCCUCAGGGGGCUCUGGGGCUGGGGAGAGUCCAGCUGUGCUGCUGGGUGAUCCUGGGAAGCGUUCCUGCUGCAGGCAUUCUGUGAGGCACCUCAGGAUGUCCCUGUCAAUUCCAGGGAUAACCCAGAGCUGUGUGACAAGGUAGUGUGCCUUGGCCGACCAGUACCACACCAUGCCUUCCAGGUGGGGAUCCCCAGGGUCCUGGCAGGGGUCCCCAGUGUCCUGCUGGCUCUGGAAGUGCCGCCAGGCACUUCCCACCACAUCAGCCGUGAGGAGCAGGAGGUGGUCAGCCAUGGAUAGCAGGUCGGGCUGUGAUGCCAGUUGAGCACCGGACCCCAGAGCACCCUGGAGGGUGUUUCUGACCCUCUGGACAUGAGCCAUGAGCUGAUUUGCCUUCUCCUCAAAACCUUCUUUGCUCCUCUGCCUCUCCUCUUGGGGGAGGUUGGACAGAGCUGCUCCAACCACAUCUUGGAUGAGCUGCAGCUGUUCCUUGUUGACCCUUUCCAUGUGGAGCAACAACGCCUUGGCCCUGAGGGCCACAUCCCUCUGCAGGAGCUCGAAGCGUGUGGCCAAGCUGGCAGUAGGCAGUGGGGAGAGCAGGAGGGUGUUGGACACAUCCAGCAGCGCUUCCAUGAGCACCUGGAUCUCCUCCCGGAGCACCAGGAUUUCUCUGGCACCGUGAUCUCCAGGGCAGGAUAAGUAGGAGAGUCGGGCAGCCUCCUGCAACCUGAGGGAAUUCUCAGCCACAGCAGCCAGGAGGCUCCGUGGGCCAACCUUGUUCCUCACGGCUCUGCUCAGCUCCCUCAGGAACAGGACAUCCCUGCCCACGAACUGAUCCAUGGCAUCCAGCAGGACACGCAUGCCAAUGGCCCACUGGACACCGUGCAGCUCCAGGAUGGCCUUUUCCAUCCCACAGGAUUCCCUGAAGGACACUGCCUUCUCCAGAAACCCUUUGGUGUUCAGCUGAGCAUGGGAAAACUUGGCUUGGAGCUGCAGAAAGCUCUCCUGGACAUGAGAGGGAUUGGGAUUUCCCCUACUGCAGGCUGUGCCUGCAAUGCCUCCAGCCGCCUGCACUGCUCCUGCUAAACCCAGCAGGGUCUCAUCCAAAGCCUGCUUCCCUCUUGGAAAGUCACCUGACAGGAUAAAUCCAAGCACUUGCUGGGCCAGACCAUUCCAAGAGCCUGCCACAGCUGCCAGGCACUCCCGAGUCUCCUGGAUCCUUCCCGAGAGCCUGAGUGCCAUUUGGAGAAGCCUGCCUGGAGCAGGGAGCUGCCCAGGGGCUGUUUCUGUGGCCAGGCUGAUGAUCCUUGGGGUAAGUGCCUUGAUAUCCCAGUGCUGCUCCAGCACCUGGAGCUGGGGGGGUUCAGCCACAGGCAGCGCUUCCCGUGCUGCUUCCACAUAUCCAUCGGAGAGCUCCAGCAGGAUGGAGCAGGCAGCACGGACAGUGUCCAUGUCACCAGCCUGGGAUGCUCCCAGGAGAGCUGUGAUGACAGGGUGUGUAUCCCCUUUCCAUGGAUCCAGGUGGAGGUUAGCUGGUGGUGAAGACGGAUGACUUUGGAUAUCUCCUUGGAACGCUGCCUCAUCCGUGCUGGUUCGUGUCCCAGCGUGGGAUGGGCUGAGCUCCAGCCCCUUUUCCACCCUGGUGCUCCGCACUUGCUCCCGGAGCGGGCUGAGGAUCUCCGGGUGGUUGGACCCAUCCAGCCCUGCUUGGACACGGAGAGCAGAGUCCAUCAGGGAGCUGGCUGCCUGGGAAAAAGCACCCUGGCUUUGGAGGCAGGAAAACCUUCCUGGGAUGAGGGCCGUGACUGCUCCCAGCUCCAGGAUGGAUUUGGCCAAUUGCUCCACCCACACCAGCAAACCAUUCCUGAAGAUGGGAUCCGUGGUCCUGUCCACGUGCCGGGUGGAGGCUCCCACCACCCAGCGCGCCCAGCCCAUGAGGCGAGCGCUGUGCCAGGAGAAUCCCUCGGGAUCCCAGCAUUCCAGUGCUGCCUCACACCAUUCCUUUUGCUUGGCCAGCUCCAGGAUGGAUAACUCAAGGAAUUCGCUCAUGCCGAUGGUCUCCUCAAAGCAGCACAGGAGGCUGUUGGUGGCUCUGGCCCAGGCACAGCACAGGGCCUGGAGCUGCUCCUUGGUAUUCCCACUUGUUUCCAUGAGCAGGGAAGGGAGACUGGCCAGGAGGCUCCGCAAGUGCUCCACGCCCUCCCGGAUUUCCCUGGCGGUUUGGGCCUUGGCACACCUGGCCAGGAGCAGAUCGGCCGCUCGGAGUAUCCGCUGGGCCUGAGCGAAGAAGGCGGCAAUCAGGGGCUGGAGCUUCCUUAAAAUUCCUCCUGGUCCUGCUGGACAACAUCCUGAAUGGGCAAGGCUAAGGGCACCUUCAACCAGCUGCCUCAGGGGCUCCUUCUCCUCGAAGAAUCCAUCCAGGAUUUGGCACAGCGUGGCCCUGAGCACUGCUCGGUCCAGGUUUUCCAGCUCCUCCCUCAAGCUGUGACAUUCCCGCUCCAGUGCCUGUUCUCCCUUGCCCUCCCUCCGGCUCAGGUGGCUGCAGAUGCUCCUCCUCAGCUGCAGCAGGGCCCAGCAAUGUUCCACCAGCUCCAGCUGCAGAUCCGGCCUGGAUAACUCUGCCAGCAGCAUUCCAUGGAGAAUGACCACUUCCAAGUGGGAGCUGAACCGGCCCUCAGAGAGGCUCAGGGGGUCAGGGUGGGAGAGGAGAGCCUGGAGCCUGCUCACCUGCUGGGAGAAGAUCCCACUCCUGUCCUGGGGCUCCGUGAGCAUGGAGAGGAGCUCCCUGAUGGUCCUCUCCGUCAGCUGGAAAACAGAAUCCUGGGAGAGGUCAGCUUGGCUAUCCCUGGAACGUGUCAGGGCCGUGUGGAUGAGUGAGACGCACUUGUGGAGCAGCUGCAGGGGCUGGGCCAAGCUCUUCCCUGCAGGACAAUCCCCGAGUUCCUGGAGGCGCUUGGCUGUCAGGCGGCUCAGCAGGAGCACGGCCUCAGAAAAGGGCUGGAAUGCAGCCAGCAGCCCUGGAGUGUCCCGGGCAUCCUGCAGCACGCUCAGGCAUUCCAGGAGCCAGCUGGCAGCACCACUGAUCCUCCUCAUCCCUGCAGCCUCUUCCAGCUGAAGGAUCUAACCAGGAAACAAGGCAGAAAAGACGCUCAGGUCAGGAAUUCUCAUUCCCUUUCCAUUCCUGGAGGGGGAAGGAGUGGUUUGCUCCAUGGAUCUGCUGGAGCUUCCCCCUGCUCAUGUCCCUUCUCGGUGUCCCCUCACCUUUGCUGUCUCCAUCAGACUCCUCCUGGCGGCCGCUGCCAGGUGCUCUCGGUGCCGAGGGCUGUCCGGAUGCUCCUGGAGCUGGAAUGCUGCCAGCACCACGUCCCUCCCAGCCUGGAGCAGGGAUUCACCCACAGGACACAUCUCCGUGCUCCCUUCCUCGCUGGAAUCCUCGGACAGCCUGGAAUGGAAGGACUGGGCUCAGCACUAAUCCCUACUCCCAAUCCUGCCUCUCCAGGAGGAUGCAGGCUCCCUCUUUCCACCUCUUCCCAGCCCCCAAAUCCACGCGGGAAACUCCCAUCCAGCUCACCUCCUUGCCACAGCAGCGAGUUCUUCCAUAGCUUUGGCUAAUUUUCCUGCCUUUUCCCCCAAAGUGGGAAAGGCCGGACAAAUCCCAUCUUCCCGUUGCAGGGCAAGGAGGAGGUGGCAGAGCUCCACAGCCAUGGGGCAGAGAAUUCCCUGGAUAGCUUUGUUUUCUGUUGGGAGCCCAAGCUCAGAGAGAGAAAAAGGUUCCAUGUCGUCCUGCCUGGAAAAGGGAAAAACCCCUGGGGUUAAUUUGGAUACAGUGUGGAACAGUUUCCCAGCAAGCUUGGAUGGGGGUGGCAGUUCCUGGCUUGGGAAACGCUCCCGGCUUUAAUUUCGCUCAGCCCUGAAACCAGGUCACUCACCUGGAAUUCCUGGGACACCGGAGCCGGGAUUUCCUUUCCCGGGGGAGCAUCACAGGGUGUUCCCGGCACUGCAGAGCCGGCAUUCCCUCACAGGGAGGGAUUCGGGACAGCGGAGCGAGGUCUUUCCUGCCCAGUUCCCGCGGUUCCCGAGACGCCAUGCGGGACGUUCCCAUGGGAGCGACGCCGGGAUGCGCCAGUGUCGCCAUGGAGACAGCGGGCGCGGGGCGAUGUCGUCACGCUGCGCGCCGGCCGCGGGGCACGCCGGGAGUUGUAGUUCGACCGGUUGUUGGCGUUACGGGAUUCCCUCAACCCGGGUGCGCAGGGGAGGGAUCAGGCAGGAAUAUCCAUCCCAGUUUUCUCCGUACAGGGCUCACUCCUUCCAGGAGCCUUUUUGAACAACUCAAAUGUGCGCUCAUGUAAGGGGGGGCAGGACACAGGUGACCCUUCUUCUGAUUAUCCUUAGUGUGGAAUAUUCCCAGGAAAGUGUAGCCUUCCUCCCGGGAAUCUGAGUUUACAGGUGAGGUAAUUCCCUGGAAACUCGGAGAGUGACAUAAAUGACCUUCAGGAUAAGGACUGAUCUGCUGCCACAGAUCCCACCUCCAGCUGGGAUCCCGUUCCCAUUCCCACAGCCAUCUUUCGAGUUGGCUCCCGAAGGAAUCCCGCUUUGGGAACAGCCCGAGGGCCGCGGCUGCGCGGGUCCCACCCGCCGGGAGGAGCCGCUCAUCCCCGAUCCCGGCCGGAUCCCGCAUCCCGCAUCCUGCGCGCGCCCCGCCCCGCGUACGCGCCCGGCGCGCUCCCGGUGCCGCGGCGGAGGAGGAGGAGGAGGAGGAAGGAAGGAGAGCAGGAAAAGCGGGAGCGAUGGACAGCGCCGGCAAGGAGCGGGAGGCCGUGCAGCUCAUGGCGGAGGCCGAGAAGCGGGUCAAGGGCUCGCACUCCUUCCUGCGGGGGCUCUUCGGGGGCAACACCCGGGUGGAGGAGGCCUGUGAGAUGUACACCAGGGCUGCCAACAUGUUCAAGAUCGCCAAAAACUGGAGUGCGGCAGGAAAUGCCUUUUGCCAGGCAGCCAAGCUGCACAUGCAGCUCCAGAGCAAGCACGACUCAGCCACCAGCUUUGUGGAUGCUGGGAAUGCCUACAAAAAAGCAGAUCCGCAAGAGGCCAUCAACUGCUUAAACGCAGCCAUCGAUAUCUACACGGACAUGGGCCGCUUCACCAUCGCCGCCAAGCACCACAUCACCAUCGCUGAGAUCUACGAGGCCGAGCUGGUGGACAUCGAGAAGGCCAUCGCACACUACGAGCAGGCUGCGGAUUACUACAAGGGAGAGGAAUCCAACAGCUCAGCCAACAAGUGUCUGCUGAAGGUGGCGGCCUACGCGGCGCAGCUGGAGCAGUACCAGAAAGCCAUCGAGAUCUAUGAGCAGGUGGGAACAAACACGAUGGAUAACCCUUUGCUCAAGUACAGCGCCAAAGAAUAUUUCUUCAAAGCUGCCCUGUGCCACUUCAUCGUGGAUGAGCUGAAUGCCAAGCUUGCGCUGGAGAAAUACGAAGAAAUGUUCCCGGCUUUCACAGAUUCCCGGGAAUGCAAGCUAUUGAAAAAACUGCUGGAAGCUCAUGAGGAGCAGAACAGUGAGGCCUACACCGAGGCUGUGAAGGAAUUCGACUCCAUCUCGCGGCUGGAUCAGUGGCUCACCACGAUGCUGCUGCGCAUCAAGAAAACCAUCCAGGGCGAGGGCGACGGCGACCUCAAGUGACGCCCGCGGGCCCUUCCCGCCUCCAGCCGAGGACUUUUCGGGAAUUCCCGACCCAAUCCCGCGCUUUCUUUCGUCGCUUCCCACUCCCAUGGCUCACUGUGUUUCUUUAGCCCCCGCUCUGUGGUGACGCUCCGGGCGGAUGCCAGGCGGGAGAAGCCCUUGGAGCGGAAUUCCUCCUUCUCCUCCUCGGGUUUGGUCCCGCCCAUCCCGGUGCCUGCACUCGCAGCUCCCGGUUUUCCUGCUGUUCCGUUGAUUCCAGCAUGUAAAUAUUCCAUCCGGGCCAGCACAGUACCAAUAAGCGCUUCCAGCCCGUUGUGUUCCCGUUUUCCCGUUCUCAAGUGUUGGAUACACUUGGAUUUGGGGGUCUGGAAAUGGUGCUAGGCAGAGGCUUUGGGAAUUGGGAAUAUCCCGCACACCCCCACCACGCCACAGGCAUUCCAGGAGCCUGGGAUCCAUGUCGGCCCUAGGUCCUGGUUGGUUUCCAUCUUUCUUGGAUUGAUUUUCCACUUUAGUUCAUGGUGCAUCCCAUCCCUCCACUUCCAAAUAAUUCCACCCGAGGAAGGAUCUAUUUUUGUACCUCACCCUCUGCGUGUGCCGGGCACAAUCCCUAAAUUCUGACGUGGAUCCCAUGGGAGCCUUGCUGGAAUUCGGGUGGCAGGGGGGCACAGUUUGUUUGGGAAAAGUUGAAAAAUUCCUGCAGGAAUUGACGGGUGUGUGGUUAAGGAGAGAGGAUUGAGCUGCCUGGUUUUUCCAGGAUGCGUCGGAGGCGUCGGGAGCCUGUGCAAUUUGUCACUCUUUGGGAAGAGUGAAGUCAUUAAUUGAGGGCUGCUCUGGAGGCUCCAGGCAGCCCCAGCCCCUCUUUCCUCUGGAAGAAGUCAGGUUGGAAUGUUGGGCUUUGGAUGGAGCUUGGCUCGUUGGGCUCUAAAGUUCUGAAAACCAAAAAUCCUGAUCCAUGCCAAAUUCUCCUUGGUUUGGUGUUUUCCCACCCUUCCCGAUCUCCGUUUCCCACAGGUCCUUGUGUUCAUCCCAAACAUCCCAACCAGAUGGAUAAGUUGGGAGGCAGUGGGGGUGGGGUCUCCCAGCUCCAGGCUUGGAAGCACACAGAAUUCAUCCAUUCCCACCCUUAGGAAUGGCUUUAUCAGGCAUCCAGCACUGUGAGAGCCGGGAUGAGGGGAAGCACAGCUUGGAAGGCUCCACUUUUCCCGGUGUUUUUUCGGUUCUGUUGCCGUUCCCCGUGUCGGUGUUGUAGGACAGGAGGAGCAGGAGGGCUGUUACUCCAUCCCUACACCUGGUAGUUGUGUGUGAGUAGCUCCAGCAUGUCCUCUGCUGUAUCCAUGGUGAAUUGUGACGGUUCCCAGGUGACAAUUCCGCCACUCCCGCUGUAUUCCCGCCCCACCUCCAUCACUCUCUACUUGGAAAACUUAUUUAAGGAAAUGGCCUUAGCAAGAAUAUCAUGUUUGGUGUGACUCUGUACAUGAAUAAAGUGAAAAUCAUGGAUGGAA